GUCUCGCUGAUGAAGCUUUGGCUGACCUCGAUGACCUCGACGAUCUUGACGACGUCGGAGAAGACCACGAGGAAGAGAAUGGUGAACAUGCGCCUCAUGAAUCAGAGGACGUUGAAAUGCAGGACGCUGGGACUGGGUUGGUCCUGGAAGGCGGCGUGAGGCCUGCAGCAGAGUUAGAUGCCGAGGAGGUCCAGCAACUAGAGCUUGCAGGUGUUGAAGAUGUCCGGAAGGUAGCGAAGCUAGAGGGUACAAAGCGGAUGACAGAUAUUCUCAAAGAAAUUGAGCGUUACACGGAAAACCCUAGCUCUGCAGAAACGAUGUCUCUACCUCCGCAUCUCAAUCCCGAAUAUACCAUUAUCGUACAGGCGAACAACUUGUCCGUUGACGUCGAUAACGAAAUUCUAGUCGUGAACAAGUUCAUCCGAGAUCAUUAUGCCCCCAAGUUCCCAGAGCUCGAGCAGCUCGUUCCCGACCCAACUAUGUUCAUUCGCUCUGUGCGCGCCUUAGGCAAUUCGGACGACCCAAAGAAGGUCGACUUAUCCGGCGUCUUACCUCAAGCGGCGAUUAUGAGUGUCCAUAUUGCGGCGUCAACAAGCUCGGGCAAGAAAUUGGCUGAAAGCGAGUGGCUCGCGGUUCAGAAUGCGUGUGACUUGGCGGAUCGACUUGAAGAAGCGCGGAAGAAGGCAAGUAAAAUCUUUAGCUACGUUAGUUCGCGUAUGAACAUGCUUGCUCCCAACCUUUCGGCUAUCGUAGGAACCACUAUUGCGGCGAAACUACUCGGUGUCGCAGGAGGCCUAAGUGCUCUGGCAAAGAUGCCUGCCUGUAACGUUCACCUCCUUGGUGCUCAAAAGAAAAUCGCUGCAGGCUUUUCGUCAGUCACCCAAAACAGGCAUACAGGAUUCGUGUUCCAGUCGGAGAUUAUACAACAGACGCCUCCCGAUUAUAGACUAAAAGUACAGCGAACCGUCGGUGCGAAGUGUGUCUUGGCCGCGAGGAUGGACCUAGAACGUAGGCAUAGAGAUGGCAGUUACGGGGAAGAACUCCGAGAGAAGAUAGACAAGCAUGUAGAUAGGCUUGCAGCGCCGCCUCCAGCAAAGGUGGUGAAGCCUUUACCCAUUCCUAACGAUGGACCGAAGAAGCGACGCGGUGGGAGACGGGCUCGGAAGACCAAGGAAGCUUACGCACAGACGGAGCUCCGAAAGUUGCAAAACCGCAUGGCGUUCGGCGAAGCUGAGGAGGAAGUCGGUGCGUUCGAUCAGACGAAGGGUAUGGGUAUGAUUGGUGUCGCGAGUGGCAGAGUACGUGCUGGGAUGGGCGAAGCACGGAGUAAAGCCAAAAUGUCAAAGGCAAACAAAUUACGAACAGCUGCCAUCACCCGUUCAGCUCAACAGUCGUCGGGAACGGCGACUUCGUUGGUAUUCACGCCAGUUCAAGGUUUCGAGAUUACGAAUCACGCUGCUGCCGCCCAGCGUGUAAAGGAAGCGAACGAGAAAUGGUUCGCCAAGGGUAUGUUCUCCUUCGCAGGGCAAAAAGGUGGUGCCUCGUCAUCAAGCAAUACGUGACACACACAACUUUCUGCGUGUUUCUUGUCCGGAUUUCGUCAGUAUGCCUUUGACGCAGACAUGUUAAACGUCCAUGCAUAUUUUGUACUAUUAUUACAAACACUACAGCGAUGCAUAGCCUAACCUACUUGUGAAUGUUGCGUGUAGAACAUAAAAGAAUUGCAAAUCAGCAUGAGGGUAAGAACGGUAUGAAAAGGGAACGGAAAAAAAUGCUAUUUUUACGCUGAUCCUCCUGGAUGUGCCGUUGCCACCGUCUGACCCGUUGCUGCACUUUGGGAAACAUCAAUGAACCCAGCCUGCUUGGGAUUUUGGAGUUGGCUACGCUUCUUCUGAUAAUCUCGGAUUGCAGACCGAAUCGCAUCCUCUGCAAGCAUUGAACAGUGUAACUUCACAGGUGGCAGGGCAAGUUCCUUCGCAAUUUCUGUGUUCUUAAUCUUCCCGGCUUCCUCGAGCGUCAAACCCUUCACUCGUUCCGUCAUGUACGAGCUAGAUGCAAUAGCGCUACCGCAACCAAAAGUUUUGAAUUUCACGUCAGAGAUGACGCCGUCCUCGUCAACGCGAAUUUGGAGUUUCAUAACGUCUCCACAUGCAGGUGCGCCUACGAGACCCGUACCAACAUUAAUAUCAUUCUUAUUCAAUGAGCCAACAUUUCGAGGGGACUCGUAGUGCGAGAUGACCUUCUCGUGAUAGGCGCGUGCGAGUACAGGACGAGCCGCUGGGCGUGCAACGCGAGGGGCGGCGGAGAGGGCUGUUCGUGAAAGAGUGCGAGCUGAGAACAUGGUGGUCGUCGAUUGUAGAGUGGGAAUGUGCGAGAG